AUCCCACUGCCACUGCCUCAUCUCCUUGCAUCCUCUUCUUUUUAGAUCUCACAAAUACCACAUCCAUCAAAAUGGCCGACUUCCAGAACAUCGCACGUAUGUAUUAUUAUUUUCGAUCUGGCCCCCAUAUCCCAUCAAUCAGGAGAUGACUGCAUGCAUCGUCGCAUCAGACAGUCCCCUCCUAUUCCCAUAUGCGUCGCAGAUACCCGAGUCUACCCAAAUAGACUGCCCCCCAUAACAUGGCCUAACAUAUGUCGCUACGAACAGAGCAAUUUGUGCAAUUCUACUACCAGACCUUUGACUCGGACCGUCAGCAGCUGGCCGGUCUCUACCGCGAUAACUCCAUGCUCACCUUCGAGACCUCUUCUCAGAUGAGCGUCGCCCCCAUCAUGGAGAAGCUGACCAGCCUUCCCUUCCAGAAGGUCCAGCACCAGAUCUCCACUCUCGAUGCUCAGCCCUCUGUUAACGGCAGCAUCAUCGUCAUGGUCACCGGUGCCCUUAUCGUCGAUGAUGAGCCCCGUCCCAUGAACUACACCCAGACUUUCACUCUCAACCCCGAGGGUGGCAGCUACUACGUCUUCAACGACAUCUUCCGUCUCAUCAUGGGUUAAAUCUGAAACAUGAGGAAUUAGCGGGGUUUUUGGUGUGACGUGUGUGAUGGGUGAUUUAGGGGUGGCCCAUUCCAGUAGACAGCUUUCCAUGAGAUGAAGUUAAUGAAUUAGUUCCAAGAGGAUCGACACGUUGCUUUUGGUUGCUGUGUUUCAAUUAUAUUCCCCUGUCCUUUCAUUGUGAGAGUUUUAUAUUAUUCUCUUCCUUGUUCACUAAUAUAUAUACUAUACUAUCUACCCGUUUCUCUCUAUC